AUGAAAUUCUUGAUUCACCUUGUUGUACUCUUUCUCCACCUCAAUGGUUUCAUGGCCAAUAGAGUGGCGGAUUCUCUUAUUCAAAAAUCUUGCAAGGAAAAUACAAGAUAUGCGGAACCAUACAUUUACAAAUUUUGUAUCACAUCCAUCAAAGAGAAUCCAGAGAGCCAAAAAGUAAGAAAUAUUGAUGAAUUGACUGUGGUAUGUACUAAUAGCGCGAUAUCAAACCUAACAAAAGUGAAAGGAACUGUAGAGAACAUUUUGAAUGAAAGAAAGUAUAAGAAUAAGUUGAGUCAUACGUUCUUACGGGAGUGCCUCAAGCUUUAUUCUGAGGGCUAUGAGUUGUUAAACUCAGCUUUGAAAUACCUCAAAACACUGGAUUACGAGAAAUUUAUAGGAAAUAUGGAUAUGGCAAAAGGUAAACCAAGAGCUUGCGAAAUGAAAUUCAAUGAUGACAAUCACCAGAUAUCUCCAGUGAAGAAAGAGAACGAUGUUCUCUUCGACAUGAUCAACAUUCCGUAUUAUUUUUGUUUCAAUGCUCAUAUUAACGGCUAGGUUGUAGAAGAGCAAUUGGUUAACGUUUAAUGAAUAUAUUGAUGCAUAGAACUAGUAGUCCAAUAUUUUUGAAUGUGUCUAUUUCAUGUGUGUGUUUUUGUUAACGUAGAAAUGGUCUAUUUCCUCCAUCCCCCAAUUUUUC